AUGCGUUCCUCCGCAAAUUUAAUGUCCCAUCCCUUGAUGAAGACCGUCGCCUUUCAUCAGCCGCAUGAGGAGUUCCUCAUACUGCCCAGCGUACUCGAUCACCCUCUUCGCCAUACUCCCACUCAUACACCAGCCUCAUACACCGCACCCACCAAGGCAUCUGUCACCUCCUUCAUCUCACCUACCGUGACCCCUUGCCUCCCCAACGGUGCAAAUACCCGCCUGCGAGCCCUACAUUCCCGCUGCUCUGCCUUCCUUGGAGUCGAUGGCCCCCCACCUUCACUGGCAACACCACCAACACCAGCACCGCCAUCAACCACUACUGCACUGACACUACCACCAGCGCCAUCAACCCACACCAGCUGA